AUGGCCUCCAAGCACCACAUGUCCCCCCUGAAGCAGCCGGACGGCAGGGGCAAGAAAGCAAAGCGGGGAGAGGAGGAUGACGCCUGGAGCUCCACCUUGGCAGCCCUGAAAACUUCCCCCAAGGAGAAGCCCCCCACCACCAUCGAUGGGCUGUGCCCCCUGGGCAUGGCGCCAGGCGCCCAGGUCUACGAGGACUAUGACUGCAUGAACCAGACCAACAUCAGUGCCAACAACAAGAAGUUCUACAUCAUCCAGCUCCUUGAGCAUGACAGUGCCUACAGUGUCUGGAGCCACUGGGGUCGCAUGGCGGAGGUGGGUCAGUCCAAGCUCAUGCCCUCUGCCUCUCUGGAGGCCACCAAGAGCUUUGAGAAGAAGUUUCGGGAGAAGACCAAGAACAGCUGGGCAGUGAGGGAGAAAUUCGUUGCCCAGCGAGGGAAGUACCCACUCAUCGAGGUGCAGCCAGGGGCCAGGCAGGAGGUGGAGGUUGCCCUCAGGGUGGAUUGCGUGGACGGGGACAAGGUCUGCAAGCAGUGGGUGCUGCCCUGCACCUUGGACAAAGCCAUGCAGGACCUGGUGUCCCUCAUCUUCAGCAGCGACAUGUUCUGGGAUGCCAUGCAGACCGUGAAUAUUGAUGCAAAGAAGAUGCCGCUGGGGAAGCUGAGCAAGCAGCAGAUCACGAGGGGCUUCGAGGCACUGGAGGAGCUGGAGGUGGCACUGCGGGAGCAUCCCCAGGCCGCCCGCCUGGAGGACCUCUCCUCCUGCUUCUGCACCAUCGUCCCCCAUAACUUUGGGCAGGCACGGCCACCCCCCAUCAACUCCCCCGACAUGCUGCGUGCCGAGAAGGACAUGCUGUUGGUGCUGGCCAACAUCAAGGUGGCACAGAGCCUGCAGGCACAGAAGGAGAAGGAGGAGGAGGAGGAAGUCGCCCAUCCCCUGGAUCAAGAUUACGCCCUGCUCUGCUGCCAGCUCUCCCUGCUGGACCCGGCUUCCCAGGAAUACCAGCUGAUCCAAAAUUAUGUGACACAGACGGGGCACAAACUCCGCAUCCUCAACAUCUGGCAGGUGGCCCGAGAUGGUGAGGACGAGCACUUCAAAGCCCACGACCUCCUGGAGCACCGGCGCCUGCUUUGGCAUGGCACCAACGUGGCGGUGAUCACGGCCAUCCUAAAGAGCAGGCUGCGCAUCGUGCCCCACUCAGGCGGAUGCAUGGGCAAGUGCAUCUACUUCGCCUCUGAGAACAGCAGGUCAGCCUGCUACAUGGGCUGCAUGUCCAAGAAGGCUGGCAUCAUGUUCCUGAUGGAGGUGGCCCUGGGCAAGCCCUACCGCAUCACCUGCGAUGACCCCACGCUGUGUCAGCCGCCUGCCGGCUACGACAGCGUCCUGGCCUGUGGCUGGACAGAGCCGGACCCCACGCAGGAUGAGGAGGUGCUGCUGGACGGCAAGAAGGUGCUGGUGUGCCAGGGCAAGCCCAACCCCAUGCCUGCCUACAAGGACUCUUCCUUCAGCCAGAGCGAGUACCUAAUCUACCAGGACAGCCAGUGCCGGAUCCGCUACCUUGUCUGGCUCCACUUCUGA